AAAUGAAUCAUCUUGAAGAGAGUAGUGCUCCAGCAACCAAUGCUCCCGUACCAAUAGAUGCAACUUGGGUUUUGGUAACAUCAUUUAGUGCUUUGCUAACAAUUUUGGGAUUUGCAUUCAUUAGUUCUGGCGCUGUUCGUUAUAAAUCAGUACAGUCGUCAGUGAUAACAGUGUUAUUGGGAUCAGUGUUGACUAUUUUGUUCUUCUGGCUUGUAAACAAAAUAUAAUAAUAAUUAAUUGAUAGGUAGGAUAUGGAUUCGCCUUUGGAGAUGACAAGGGAAAUAAAUUCAUUGGUUUAAGUAAAUUUGCAGGAAUCGGGUACACAGUCGAAUCUCCAACUGACGAUUACACAAAUUUGAGUAAUAGAGUUAAGUUAUAAUAAUUUAGUAUUCUCAACAGUCGGAGCAGUCAUCGUAGCAUCUCUUUUUGGAUUGGGAACAUUGGAGAGAUCCAGAUUCUUUUCAGUUAGUUUAUGCAUAGCAUUCAUCACAGCAGUAUUAUACCCAAUAGCACUUCAUUGGAUCUAACCUACUGGAUGGUUGAGUAAAUUCGGAUUUGUGGAUUUUGCAGGAUCAACAUAUAUUCACGUUUUCGGUGCUAUUACUGCAUUGGUUGUUUCAUUCUUUUUGAAGGAGAGGAGAGAUCAAGCUGGCAAUGUGCAUCCAGGUAUUUUCCCACAUCAUUCUCCAAUCAACAUCGGAUAUGGAUCAAUUAUAUUGACAAUUGCAAUCCUAAUAUUCAUUAAUGGUGCCAAUACAUAAGGAAAGAAUGAUAAAUACGAAUAGGGAUUGAUAGCAGUCAACACUAUUGUAGCAGCUACUUUAUCAGCUCUCACUAGUUUUCUAUUAUAAUACUUGAAGACUCAUAAGACAAGUUUAAUUGCAUUAUCUAGAGGAAGUGUUGCUGGUAUUGUAGCUAUUUCAGCAUUGGCUAAUGAUGUUAGAAUUUGGGAGUCUGCUCUUACUGGUGUUUUGGCUGGUUUCGUGUAUAUUGUCCUCAUUCUUGUGAUUAAAAGAUCUCACGUUGAUGAUCCUGCUUACACUAUUGCUUCUCAUUUGGUAUCUGAUAUUCGUAUAUUCUUUAGGGUCCUGGUCUCUUGGGAACUAUUCUGGUUGGUUUUCUGGGUCUUACCAAUGGUUGGGUUACUGGUCAUGGACCCAAAUAAUUGGGAUUAUAAUUAGUAGGAAUCUUGGCAUUUAUUGGAUGGGGAUUACUGGUUGCCAUCUUUAUUGUUCCAUUAAAAGGCACUGGUGCAUUUAAAAUUAAUCCAUUCCAAGAAUCAUAGGGAAUAGAUGUCAGUUAUGGUAAUACAAUAAUGUUAAUCAUUUUUAGCUGAAGGAGAAGCCAUUCAAUUCCUCGAUGAAUAACCAGAACCUGCAUUGUUAAGCAGUUCUCCCAAGAAGGGAAUCUUCCAAUGAUUAAUAAUAAGUUUUCAUACAAAUAAAUUCAUAUGUGAAAUAUUAAA